CAGCGGCGGGGGCAGGUUGGCUUUGCUCGCUCGCACUCGGCGGCAGCGGGCGGGCGCAAGGCUGCAGCUGGCGCUCUGGAGCCGGGAGUUGGAGUUGCUAGGAGUUUCCCCGACCCCUCCCUCCUCGCACGCCGCAGCAGGAGCCCGCGCGGGAGCCGCUAGCAGAGAGCAGCCAGCAGCUGAGCCGGCCCAGCCUGGUCCGCAGCCCGGAUCUCCGCGCGGGGCAGCCGCGGGAGAGCACUGUCUCCGGUUGGGACGCGUGCCGCUCACUAGGCACCGCCCGAGCACGAGCCAGGCUGCACGAAAAUUUCCUGUGUGCCCUCCUCGGUUGCUCUACAAUGAGUGCCAAAUCUGCCAUCAGCAAGGAAAUUUUUGCACCUCUUGAUGAAAGAAUGCUGGGAGCCGUCCAAGUCAAGAGGAGGACAAAGAAAAAGAUUCCUUUCUUGGCAACUGGGGGUCAAGGAGAAUAUUUAACUUAUAUCUGCCUGUCAGUAACAAACAAGAAACCCACGCAAGCAUCUAUCACGAAGGUCAAGCAGUUUGAGGGCUCCACAUCAUUUGUCCGAAGAUCCCAAUGGAUGCUUGAGCAGCUCCGCCAGGUUAAUGGUAUUGAUCCGAAUCGGGAUUCUGCAGAGUUUGAUUUGUUGUUUGAAAAUGCCUUUGACCAGUGGGUUGCUACCACUGCCUCAGAAAAAUGCACCUUCUUCCAGAUCCUCCACCACACCUGCCAGAGGUACCUCACAGACAGGAAGCCAGAAUUUAUUAACUGCCAGUCCAAAAUUAUGGGAGGAAACAGCAUCCUCCAUUCAGCAGCUGAUAGUGUGACCAGUGCGGUACAGAAGGCAAGCCAGGCCUUGAAUGAGCGUGGGGAACGGUUAGGCCGAGCAGAGGAGAAGACAGAAGACAUGAAGAACAGUGCCCAGCAGUUUGCAGAAACUGCAUACAAGCUUGCCAUGAAGCACAAAUGUUGAGAAACUGCCUGUCCUGGUGAACCUCUAAAGAAAAUGGCGGAGUUUGUUCAGCAGUCAUUACAAGAAUUCUAGACCGCUGCUUCUUUGUUGUUGUUGUUGUUUAGUUUGGUUGGUUUUCUGAUAUAAGGACAUUGGUGGGUUUUGGCUUUUCAUCUUCAGAUGUUAAUGUGAAUGACAACACGUUGUGUGUAUACAUUUCCAGAUCUUGCUACGGAAUGCUGCAAUAGCAUCAACUUCAUUUUUAUUUUUUUUUCAGUGUGUGUGUGUGUGUAUGUGUGUGUGUGUGUGUGUGUAUGUACUUUCCUUUUGAAAGAAAAUUGUUUUUGUAGUUUGAAUAUGAAAUUCAGACCAAAUAAUGAGCCAGGUCUAUACUAGCAAAGUUUGUUUUUUUCUUCUCUCAGAAACUAAGCAACAAACAGUUCCAUGUGGUGCCAUCAGAUGAUGGUCCUGGGUAUAAAUAAAAGUCAAACAGGGGUUUCACUUACUCUCCUAGUUCUCUUAAUCUGAAAAGCAAAGUUAAAAUUCAGUACCCUGAGACUUAACUCUGUACUACAGAAAUCACAUGGAUUCAUCAAGGGAAUAACAGCGUUGGAUUUUGUUCUUUGCUUAUUAAUCUUAUUGCAUGAACCAUCACAAGCAUUCACAAAACAAAUCAGAAACACAAAUAGAAAUCUACUUUGGCUGAAGCACAAACACUUCUGCUCCUUCUUUCCAGUCUGAGUAGUUGGAAUUAUCAUAUGAAGGAUAAAAUUUAAUGUACAGACCUACAGAAAAACCUACUUUAAAAUCUCUGUGUCUUUAUGGGUGUUUCUGUUUUUUGUCAUUGUCCCAAAUUAUAGAAGUUGACAUAGGGGGGAGUUAUAUUUCUAACAAAAAAUAAUUUAUCUAGGGUCAGUGAAGUGGCUCAGUGGAUGAAGGUGCCUAUAGCAUAAACCUGGUAACCAGACUCCAGAGUGAACCUCUAACCUCCACGUCUGUGUUCUGGCAUACAUGUGCACACCAUAUAAACACAUACAUAGAACAACAACAACAACAUUAAUAAAUAAAGUCAAAUAAAAAUAACAAUUUGUCUAGAUAAAAGUCUAUGUACACUAUAAUAUGAAAAGAUUCUACUUUAUUUUUCCCCCUUUUUACAAAGCUAUGCCCAAAUUUAGAGACAUUCUUACAUUCCCCUUGGGAAAGACCCUUUAGUGUCUUGGUAUCUAGGUUUUGGAGGUGUCGGUAUUGUUGUUUUCAGUUUAUUUUGUGUCGUUUAACAUGUGCUUUGUGACAGAUGACAUACUUGUCAAUUUCAAGUUGCCUGGCCUGAUACAGGCAGCUGCUUAAAAGCCUUUACACUGCUGUCAGAUUGAACAGUCUCCUCCAGACCUUUGGAAUAUGUGUUGUUCAAGGUCACACUGUGCUUAGACUGUAGAAGUUUUGUUUUCUGGAGGGUUAAAAACUAAACAUAAAUUACGUACACACGCACGCGUGCGCGCGCGCGCGCGCGCGCGCACACACACACACACACACACACACGCUUAUUCCUUAUAAAGCAAUGAGGCAGACUACACUUGCCAGUCAUUCACUGCAAUGCAUGGAAUUUUCAGAUGCCUGGGUCUUCAGGACCCCUUUCGUUUUUUGCUAUCUACUGAGUCACCUGUCUGUGUGUGAUUAUAGUCUGUAAUGUAGCAGCAUAAGAUGACUUUAGGUUACUAAUGCUGAUUUAAAUAGCUUAAGUUCUCCUAAGAACCCAUCCCUGACAAAAGAACACAUUGUCCAUGGAAUACUAUAGGUAAAAUAUUAGGACGAUGGGAUUUGUCGCAAACAGGUUGGUGAAUCCUCAGGCAGAUAAUCCAGGUGAAAAUCUAUAUAAUAUCUAUAGGGGGCAGUAGAUGUUUACUACAUCUUAUGCUUUUCUUUUGGUGUCCUAAAUGUUUAAAGAAGCCAGGAACAUGACAUCUGCUGGCUAUUGGAACUAUCUGAUUUCAAAAAAAAAAUAAAAAAUAAAAGUAAAGAGCCCCCAGAUAACACCAACUGGUUUCAUUUGUAGACUUUAGCUCAGAAAACUCACAUACUUGUCUUCCGAUCUGGUUUCAGGGAGUUGGUAUAAAAAGUUGAGAGGAACAGUUUAUCUCCCCCCAACAACUCCACAAUAAAAUUGCUCUGACACUGGGCAACAGCGUUGGGGAAGCGCUUCUGAAGGGGCAGGGGCUGAGGUCAGGUGCGCACUGUGAAAGCUGGGCCUUCCUCCUCAGCACAAUUCUUACAGGCACUGUCUACAAUGUAAGUGCCCUCUACCUGCCCUCUCUCCAGUCUCCCUGCUGAUCAUUUUAGACCUAACUUUUGUUAGAAAUAGCCAGAACUAGAAAAAAAAAAGCCAUCUGAAGUUUUGUGGGCUUCCUCUACUGAUCAGUCAGCUUCUAGGCCAUCACCAUGACCUUGGCCUGUGGUGAAUCCUGCUUGUCCUUCAGCAGACAUAGGGCCUGUGACAGCAGUUGCUGCCCCUCCUCAGUGAUCCAGUCUCCCCCAGAAAUUCGUUGCUAUUCUUUUAUGGAAGGUGCUGCAACAUGAAACACUAAUGUAGGCUAACCCACAGAACUUUGCUGAAAGGACUCCUGUCAUUUGGGACCAAGUCAUUUUUUGAUUUUGCUAGACGACUUACCUUGUUUAUUUUAUUUCUGCACUUCACUAUGAAUUUUGGGAAUGCUAUCUUUCUCUGAAGGACUUUGAAAAUGAUAUUGACAGUGUAUAAUAAAGUAAAGGAGCUUGCCAGGGUUUCCACCUCUUUCUGGAAUGUAGCUGUAGUAUUCUUUGAUAAAAUGAUUAGAUACCAAUGUCCAGGAACUAUGCAGUUAUUCAGGUUGAUGUUUCAUUUUAAAGAAUGUAUUUGUAAAAUGUAACAACAUCAGUAGCUAACUUUUUUUAAGGUCUGAUAAAAGUAAGAUAAUGUGUUAGGCUUAAAAUUAUAGUGAAAGCUGUUUUAUACUAUUGUGACUAGUAAAGAUUAUGUAUUUAUGUAGAAACAUUUACAGAAUGCCAUAAAUAAGAGCUACUAGUUAAGACAGGUUUCGCUCCUGAUUUUCAGAAUUGUGAUGCUGCUAAUGUAUGUUGUUCUUGGUUUUUCAGAAACUCUCUAUAACAGUGACUAACCUUUUUGUUUCAUUCAGAGACAAGCUGUCCUGUUGGUUCACUAUUCCAGCAACUCGAAUUUUGUCAUUAAAUAUUUUAACUCUGUGGUGAAA